CCUGCGGGUUCCCGCCUGCUGUAGAGUAUGGACAGUGGAACAUUAGUGGAAUGGAGAUAGGAGACACAGGCAAACUUGUCUGUAACUCUGAAAUACAACUCAAAGUGUCGGGGUACAUAACAUGCAGCACAGAAGGUCAUUGGACUGACAGUCAGAGCACUUGUUUAUCAUCAGUUGCUACAACAACAAUUGGCCAAGACACCGCGGAUGUGUCGACGUCCGAUGAUUCCUGGAUAAUCCCUGUUGUGGUUGGUAUAACGUCGUCGGUCGUCCUUCUCAUCAUUAUACUACUAGCCAUCCUUUUGGUCAGACGCUUCUGUUUCAAAGAGGGAAAGGCGACAGGGAGCGGAGAUGACAAAGUAAUCCUUGAAUCUACAAGGGAGUUCGACAAUGCUGCGUACAUGUAUUCAUAAGAAGGAUGUAUUCUUUCUUCUUGUUUUGAGAUUUUUAUAUUCAAGUGUUUUCGUCGUUUGUGUAUAACUGUAAAAGAAAUUUAUAUAACCCUCAGUGAAUAUCAAAUAACCGGUUGAUUUGUCGGUUGACAUUAGGAAUUUUUCGAGUCAACUAAAGUUUGUGUAGAGUCGGUCAUGACAAGGAGGAUAAAUGAUACCAAGCGGUAAACUCUAAAACUGUAUGUAUUUUAGCAGGUUCAAAGUUAAGCCCAUAGUCAAUUUUGUAACAGAUUGGCACAUCGAUGAAUUGGCCCGUCCACGAUAUAACGUAACAAUAUACCAAACCAUGGUUGGCACAGUAACAAUUUAACAAUGUUUGCAGCUUGGAAAUAUAUAUGGCCGCUAAAAUAUGAACAUUUACAAUAUUUUGUUGAUACAGGAUUAAUAACCCUAUGAAUAAAUAGGGUAUGAACCAGUAAUGUAUUGAUAAAUUUGUUCUUCAGAUGUAAGCAGAUUUUAUCGGUUAACAAGUAAGAAUGUUAAGCCUUAUAUAAAGAUAUACAGUAAAACCCCAAUUACUCGCACCCGCAUUCCUCGAAUAACCCUAUUCGUCGACCUUUGUAUUUCUUUACACGUUUUUCAUUUCUUGAAACUGGAUGAAUACAGCCCACUUCUCAGUAAGAUUAUUAAAAUGUUUCCAUGUU